ACCUUUAGCGAUCCACCCGCCUCGGCCUCCCAGAGUGCUAGGAUGACAGGCGUGAGCCACCGCACCCGGCCGGCAUGCUUGUUUUCUUAUCGCUGACUCUCGGGAGUUCUGCAAGCGUUUUGGACGGCAUUGCACCUGGUGGCUCUCGGUGGCCUUGGCAGGGACCUGCCUGAGAACUGGCACCUCCUGAAGCCCGGGGUGUGGGCGGUGGCCAGGAGGAGCCCUCAGUUCCUUCCCCUCCCUCCCGGCUGGGCGGUGAAGGUCUGUCUCUGACCCUGUUCCUUCUUCCCCUCUGGAGGGCUGGCAGCGCUCUCCUCCCUGGGUGGUGGGCCCCGAGGCCACGUGCUGCACCCCGUCCAGUCUCCCGGGGUGCUCUGUGCGGACAGAGGUCACCGGAGAGACCUUCCCAGGCUCCAGCUUCCAGCAGCCCCCGGCGCCUCCUGGCGUCGCUCCCACCUGUACACUUACACAACCAGCGAUAAGGCAGCGUCCGGUACCAUAAUCCUCCCUAAGCGCCAGCCCAGCCCCAUCCUGUCCCAGGUGUGCCUGCUAGAGGCCCUGCUGCUGAUGUGUUGGGGGCAGUGGGGUGUCGGGAGUGAGGGGUGCCCAGGCCUUUCUCACGGCUGUGCUAGCGCAGGCUCUGUCCAGAGGUCUGGCCAGGGGUGAGCCCACCCCUGUGUUGGGGAUGAGAGGGAGUGAGGACUGCUAGGUGUUCAGGUCCCAGGUGGGGGCCUGCUGGCCAGAGCUGCACCCCAACUUUUCUCUGGGCCCCCGGCCCCAGCCAGGCCGGAGGGUGGACAGAGGUGCUUGAGGUGUCAACCUGGGAGAGCCUCAGCGGGGCACUGACCGCUCGGACCCUGAGGCCGGUCACCUGGUCAGGUGCCUGGCAGGUCUGGGAGACAAAUCCUCAGGCUGUGUGCGUCAGGAGAGAGCCCGGCUGUCUGGAGCCCUCCAGGAAGUGACCCCUGGAGCUGGUGGAGCCACUCGGGCGAUUGUGCCCAACAAUGGACAAGGGCUGGAGCUGCCCAGCCUGCUCCGCGGGUGGGCCCAGGGGGUGGGCCGGGCUAUAAAGCUGGGCCUGCUGGGGCCUGGGGACUCAGGGCACCAGGGGCCGGAGGGCAGCGUGGCCAUGGAGUCCUUCCUGCUGAGCCUGGUCCUGGCCCUGCUCUGGGUGUCCACAGCCCAGGCUGAGGUCCUGGUGCAGCCCGACUUUGAUGCCGAAAAGGUACCAGGGACCCCUGGGCUGUGCCUCAGGUGGGUGGGGCCGAGCCCUUGCUGCACGCGAUAGACAGCCACGGUGGUGACAGAAACGGCCCCUCUCCUGGAGGGCUUGCCCUGCACAUGCUGUGGAGCUGCUCUCCGUUUAGCCCCGAAGCCACCCUGCACCUGGGGUAAUUCCUGGGCCCAUCUCACAGUUGGGGGAACUGAGGCUCAGAGCUGGGCUGUGACCUGCCCGAGGCCAGUUCCUGCCCACGCUGGGCCAGAGGUGGACACUGAGACCGUGCGCUGUGUGACUGCAGGCAGGGCCCUGUUCCUCCGGGCCCCCGGGGGAAGGAGGGCCCUUGCCCGGGCUGCCCUGCCUGGCGGUCACGGAGCCGCCCACAGUUCUCAGGCCUCUGGUACGUGGUCUCCAUGGUGUCCGACUGCAAAGUCUUCCUGGGCAAGAAGGGCCACCUGCGGAUGUCCACCAGGGCCAUCACGGCCACCGCGGGGGGCGGCCUUAGUGUCCACAUGGAGUUCCCCAGGGCAGACGGCUGUAACCAGGUGGAUGCUGAGUACCUGAAGGUGGGCUCCCCGGGGCAUUUCAGAGUCCCAGCCUUGGGCUACCUGGACGUGCGUGUGGUGGACACGGACUACAGCUCCUUCGCACUCAUCUACAUUUACAAGGAGCUGGAGGGGGCCCUCAGCACCAUGGUGCAGCUCUACAGCAGGACCCAGGAUGCCAGUCCCGAGGCGGUGAAGGCCUUGCGGGACUUCUACCCCACCGUGGGGCUGCCUGACGACAUGAUGGUCCUGCUGCCCAAGUCAGACCUGUGCUCCCGCAAGGACAAGGAGGCGCCCUGACACCUCCGGACACCACCUCAGCCCUCCCCAGGUGGCCCCGGCAGCAGGCCUUGCCGCCCCAGGAGCCCAAACCCCCAGCUCUGGGGGGACCGACGUGGCCCCCUCCUCCGCCCGCC